GAUGUGACGUCAGCGCAGGCUUAAUCACCUGGGAGCAGCGCAGGUUCCCAGAAGAGCGGAGAGUCGCGCAGAGAGAGGACAUAGACACGGGACUGGGGCGCACUGGCACUAUGGUGGAUAAGGAGGGCGCGUCCCCGUGGGAUAUGGGGCUGCUCAGGACCUUUGACUCCCGGGAGUUCUGCGGGUGGGAGAAAGUCGGCUCCGGGGGGUUCGGUCAGGUGUAUAAAGUGAAGCACAUCUCCUGGAAAACCUGGCUCGCCAUCAAGUGUCCCCCCAGCCUCCAUGUGGAUGAGAAGGAGCGGAUAGAACUGCUGGAAGAGGCCAAGAAGAUGGAGAUGGCAAAGUUCCGGUGCAUUCUCCCAGUGUACGGGAUCUGCAGUGAUCCAGUGGGUUUGGUGAUGGAGUACAUGGAGACCGGCUCCUUGGAGAAGCUCUUGGCGUCGGAAUGCCUGCCUUGGGAUUUGCGCUUCAGGAUAAUACACGAGACUGCCGUGGGCAUGAACUUUUUGCAUUGCAUGAACCCACCCCUAUUGCACCUUGACCUCAAGCCUGCCAAUAUCUUACUGGAUGGCCAUUACCAUGUGAAGAUCUCUGACUUCGGGUUGGCAAAGUGGAAUGGCCUGUCUAACUCCCAUGAGCUCAGCUUGGAUGGUAUCUGUGGCACCAUCGCUUACCUGCCUCCCGAGCGCUUUAAGGAGAAGAACCGAUGUUUCGACACAAAACAUGAUGUGUAUAGCUUUGCUAUCGUGAUUUGGGGGAUCCUCACACAGCGCAAACCCUUUGCAGAUGAGAAAAACAUCCUCCAUAUCAUGGUGAAAGUAGGGGGUGGGCUACGCCCGGACCUAUCCCAGAUUCCCAGAGUCCGACCCCAGCAAUGCCAGGGAAUGAUCCAGCUGAUGAAGGAGUGUUGGAAUGACAAGCCAGACAAGAGGCCUACAUUUCAAGAAAUUACUUCUGAGACGGAAUAUUUAUGCACAAAACAUGAAGAUGAGACCAGCUGUGUGCAAACCCAACUACUUCAGGGGAAGGUCACCCAGGAAGCGGAGCUAGAGAAAGUGACUUCACAGGCUGAGGGCAAACGUUCUUCAACGCCUGCUUUCGGUAAAGACUACAGUCUCUCAGAGUUGCUUUCACAGUUGGAUUCAGGCAUCUCCCAGACGAUGGAAGGUCCAAGAUGUCUCAGCCACAGUGUCUCUGAGCCUCAGCUGGCAUCUAGUGAUAAGAGGCUUUCUGGGGUGUCUUCUGUGGACUCUGCAUUCUCAUCAAGGGGAUCUUUGUCUCUUUCCUUUGAAAAGGACUGCUCAGUACUUGAUAUCAGUGCAAGUGACAUCCAAAAGAAGAAGCUUGUUGAUGCCAUUGUUGGAGGUGACACUACUAAGCUGAUGAAGAUACUCCAGCCUCAGGAUGUUGACUUGAUUUUGGAGGGUCGAUCCAGUCUUCUUCACUUGGCUGUGGAGAAUGGUCAAGAAGAGUGCGCCAAACUGCUUCUGCUCUACAAUGCCAGCCCUAACAUGACCAACCUUAAAGGAUCCACCCCAUUGCACAUAGCUUCUGAUAAAAAGCUGAAGAACAUUGUGGAGCUACUUCUUGUAAAGAAGAUUAAUGUCAACACCAAGGAUGAGGAUCACUUCACAGCUCUUCAUUUUUCUGCCCAAAAUGGAGAUGAGUGCAUCACCAGGAUGCUUCUGGAAAAAAAUGCUUCCCUUACCGAGGUAGACAUUAAAGGCAGAACCCCCUUGCAUGUUGCUUGUCAGCAUGGGCAGGAGAACAUUGUUCGUGUUUUUAUCAGAAGAGGAGCUGACCUCACUUUUAAAGGGCAGGACAACUGGCUUGCUCUGCAUUAUGCGGCAUGGCAGGGCCACUUAAACAUUGUCAAGCUUCUGGCAAAGCAGCCAGGUGCCAACAUUAAUGCCCAGACAUCUGAUGGAAGAAGCCCAUUGCAUCUUGCAGCCCAAAGAGGCCAUUAUAGAGUUGCCCGAAUUCUUGUGGACUUACGCUGUGAUGUGAACAUUCCAAGUAACCUGAUGAAAACACCUCUUCAUGUUGCUGCAGAAACUGGGCACACCAGCACAGCCAGGUUUCUUCUCAGCCGGGGUGCCAGUAUAAAUGCCAUAACGACCGAAGGCUUCACUGCCCUAGAUCUAGCGAGCAACCUUGGCCACUAUUCUGCAGUCAAACUGCUGAUGGAUGAACAGUCAAAUGUUAAACUAAAAGACUUGACACUUGAAGAAGAUUCUUUCUCAUCGAUAGAAAGUGGCCAGUCCCUUUGAAUAGAGUGGAAAGGACAAUGUCUAUUAGGUCACUUUAUCAUUUCACUUUUCAAACCCAAAUGUAAAGAACUAAGGAGGUUCGUGUUGACAUCUGUUCACCCUGGAUUUGUCCACCAUACCAUGGCGGGCUUCUAUAAUGUUCCUUUGUCAAAUGGAGAAAAUGAAGCUAAGUUUGUUGUUGCUUGGCUGUUUUUCUUUGCUCAUGACAAAUCAUUAAAGCAGGAGACUAAUUGACUACAUUUAGACAUUAUUCUUUUACUCACAUUUUUUUUAGAUUUUUAAUUUUUUUAAAAAAAAAUUUCAAUACAUGAGAAUGACGCAAACAGAAAUUUAAGUUUGAAUCUUCCCUUUAAAUGUUUUGAAAGUGCCUUAGACCUGAUUGUGCUGACAGUAACAUACUUGCAGGCACAGUCCAGACCUUCCAAUGUGGAUAAAUAACAAAAAAGCCUUGUUGUGAUUGUGACAGAACCAGUCAACCAAUUCUUUAUUGGCAUCUAAUGCAGAACUGACUGUGGAAGUGUAGUUUAGGUAUGUAAAUGUUA